AUGGAUUAAAAAAAAAAGACAAACAAACUUCAUUGUCAUUUUUUCCACUUAACUGGAAAUUGCAAAAAAGCUGAUAAAUGUCCUUUCUUACAUGGCAAAAAGCUCAAUGGAUGUCCUAAUGGGGAUAAAUGUCCCAUCCAGAUUCUUCACAUUUCUCUUGAAGAAAAUAAAUUUAUUACCCCUAAUAAAUAAAAAUCUCUUCAAAGAGAUUAAAAUUCUCUUAAUAAUAGUUCUUCUGAUACAAAAAGCUUAUCUCCUGAACAAUCAUCAUCUGAUAAAAAAUAAUGUAAAUAGAUUACUGUACCAAAGGAAUUAGAAGAUGAAGAAGUUAAACAUAACUUCUAAGUUUAACCACCUAAAGAUGUUCUUAUAAAUCCACAACUUCCUAUCAAAAUCUAAGAUCUCAUAAAAUCUCAUUACAAUCAUUGUUAGGAAUCUGCAAAUUUUAUUUCUAACUUUUAUCAACUAAGUGAAGAUAUGAAAUAAUUUUUACCUAUCUACUAAAAUAUAUUGCCAAGAAUGGAACUAGAUUUAAUGUUUAUAAUGGAUUGUACUGGAUCUAUGAGUGGUUGGAUAUAAGCUGUCAAAGAUGAAAUUCUAAGUAUAAUUGCAGCUAUUAAAGAUAUAAAUAAAGGGAAUACGUCGAUUAGAAUUAGUUUUAUUGGUUAUAGAGAUUAUGGAUCCAUCUAAAGAUUUAGCAUAUUCGAUUUUUCAUCAGAAAUUGAUUCAUUUCAAAAUUUUCUUAAUUAAAUUUAAGCCGAAGGAGGAAAUGAUUCAGAAGAAGAUGUUGCAGGUGGCUUUAAGCAUGCAAAUCUCUAAUAAUGGAAGUCUUAAGCAAAAUAUGCAGUUUUUAUUGCAGAUUGUCCUGCUCACGGUAGAGAGUAUAGUGACGGUCACGAUGAUAGAUACCCUGAUGGAGAUCCUGAUGGUGUUGAUUUAAAAUAGGAGUUUAAGAAUCUUAUAAAAAAAGGAGUUUAGUUAUAUACUAUUUAGAUAACAGAUCAAACUAAAAAAAUGUUUGAGUUAUUCAAGCAGUUUAACAAUGAAGUUUGUGGCUAAGACUUAUAAAUUCUUGAUUUAGGGUAUAGCACAUAAGGGUUUGGAUAAAUGGUCACUCAAACUGCUACUUAAACUCUUUCCAUGUCUUAUACUCGCCACAACAAAGAAAACCCUGAAAGUGCUUUUUACAAAGCACUCAAAAUUUGCCAGGCAUAAGAUACUCAGUAAAAAGACUCUUUUUUCAAAAGAUUUAACAUUAAAGAGGCUAAUGAAAGUGAAGAAUCAGAUUAAGAAGAAACAAAAAGUGAUAUAGAAGUUAUCAAUCUUAAAAUAUAUCCUUAGAAAUAAUUUCCUGAAGCUAUUUUUUCUCAUAAUUUUGAAGCUACUUGUCACAGCUACUUUAUUGUAUAAGAUGUUGGGGUACCUAUCAAUUGGAAAAAACCUCUCGUCUAACACUCUGAAAUUAAAACCAAACUCCAAAUUUCAAGAAUUCCUUUUGCUGAAGGAGCUAUGAGAUACGCUUUCUAUGCGAAAGAUACUUUGCUAAACUAAAAAUUAGUUGUAAAGCUUAACAAAAAGUAGCACAAGUCUGACCCUACACUAAAUAAAGCUGAUAUGAUAAAAGAUCUUGAAAGUCAAUUUAUAUGCUAGCAUAUUGUAAACCAAUUUAAUGACAGAGUUUCAGAACAUGUCAACACAACAGAAAAUUUGAAAAAUUUCGUACAUUGUUAUAUCUACGAAUUCACUGAUCCAUCCCAUCCAUUUAAGUUUUAUCAAGCAGAAAAUUAUAUACCUGGUGAAUAUGUAAAGUUUAACAAUAACUCAGGUUGGUGCGAUUUAAAAUUUGAUGAGCCAGGGUUACUAUCGUAGGCACUUUCACAUUUUUCAUAUCAAGUCACAGAAGGAUAUUUGAUGAUUGUUGACUUGUAAGGAGUUGGCGGAAUGCUUACAGAUCCUCAAAUUCACUGUUUAGAUCAAAAUCGUUUCGGUCUUGGUAAUCUGGGUUAUUCUGGAUUUUUCAAAUUUUUUAUGACUCAUUAGUGUAAUAAAUUCUGUAAGUAACUCUAAUUAGUUCAUCCACAAAUAAAAGAAAUACCUACUGAUAUGAAAUUCUUUAAAUAUGAGAUAGUAAAACCUGAUAAUCCAAAUAAGAAGGUUUGCACAAUUUGUGAUGUCUGCAAAAAGGGAUUCAAAAUAAAUGCUGGAUUCUUGUAUGAAAGAAGAAUAUAAUGUAGAGAAAAAUAUUGUCCAGCAUGCAAUUCAAUGAGAGUAUCAACACUAAAAACGGAUUCUUGUAAAUCUUGUAAUGAACCAUUUUGUUAUUCAGUUUAUUGGACUUUAAUGAAGCGAACACAAGCUUCUGAGCUAUGCAUUAAUUGCAGAAAAUUAGAAAGAGAUAAACUGAGAGAGUAACUUGAGAAAUAAUGA